AACAAGCCCUAAUAGGGCACUUUGAUUUUCAAAAAAUAUUGAACAUAGCCUAAAUUAUCUUUAACUUGUAAUAUCAAAAUUUACAAUUUUUCAUUGAAAUUGGUAUAAAAUAUUGGAGACCAAAUACCAAAAUAAACCAAACAAAAAAUAUUGGUGUACGAAGAGACACCUUAUCCUCCUGAAGGUCUUGUUCUAUCCGUUGAUAACUGCAGCAACAACAACACCGCAAUGCCCACUUUGAACCUCUUCACCAACAUUCCUGUGGACCCUGUUAUUGCUUCAGACAUUCUCAGAGAUGCCACCAAAGCUGUUGCAAAGAUCAUUGGAAAACCCGAAUCCUAUGUGAUGAUUUUGUUGAAUGGUGGAGUGCCUAUUGCAUUUGGUGGGACUGAAGAGCCUGCUGCCUAUGGAGAAUUGGUAUCAAUUGGGGGUCUUGGUCCAACUGUUAAUGGAAAAUUGAGUUCUACUAUUGCCGAAAUUAUUCAAACUAAGCUGUACAUUGAUAGCUCCAGAUUCUACAUCAAGUUUUAUGAUGUGGAGCGCUCUUUCUUUGGGUUCAAUGGCUCAACCUUCUGAUCAGAGGUAUUUCAAGUCAAAGAUUUGAGCAGUUUCACAAGGAAGAAAUCUAUUUCAUCUUUCUGUGGAUCAUUACAAAUUUGUAUGUACAUUGUGGUGAACAAAACACAUUUGAUAUAUAAAAAUGUAUCCUUCUCAGUCCCCUCA